CAUUGUUUUCUCUGUUUUAUAAAAACAGUUUUUAUAAUGAUAUAUAAAGGUCACAGCUUACUUGUAGCUGGCCAUUCGUUUUCUCUUCUUUUUCUUCUUCCUUUCUCUUCUCGCACAGCGUUUUCUAGAAGACCAGAGAGAGAGAGAUAUUGGGAAAAAAAUGUGUUUUUUUUUGGAAUUUUAACUUGCUGGGUUUGAUUUCUCGCAAUAUUGAUUUUCUUUCCUGUUCGUUUUUUCUCGGGAAAACCGGGGUUUGAAGAGCCCUAAGAUUGUUGUUUCUGGUUUUUUUUUUUUGGGAACAAGUCCGUAUCGUAUUUGGCUGCAUUUGGUUGAGGAGAUCUGACGCGGUUUCUAGGUUUGGCAUUUUUGAAGUCCUGAUUUUUUCCGGCGGCUUUUUCACCGGUGGGGGAGAUUUGGCUGGUGAUCUCUUUCCGGUUUACUUGUUGAGGAAGGUUUAGAGAUUGAUGGGUUCAGUUGUUUCUUCGGUCCAAAGCUAUUGAUUCUGCAAAAAAAAGUUGAAGUUUCUCUCUACUGCAAGUCACUCUUUCUCUCUCUCUGCCAGGGGUGUGACUGACUCACUCUGGGCGUGGCUUUUGCAAGUGCUCGUGGAAUGCUUAGUUCAGGGAAAUCUACAGGUGGGUCUGUCGGCUUUUUACCGAGAUGGGUAAUGGUGGUUCCGCCCCAAACGGAGAAGAGAUCUGAGUUUCUUUUUGGUCGCCUCUAGUCGAUUCAAUCACUGGGCAUUUCCGAGACACAGUCAAAUCCCAGUAAAAAAAAAAAAAUUAAAAAAAAAUAAAAGAACAAAAGCUAAAUAUGAUGCGAAUGAAGACCAAAACCAAAACCUCGGGGUUUAAUGGCGGCUCGGCCAAUGGUGGGGGAGACCGAGGAGGGCCUACGGCGGAUUGGGAGCUUAGACCGGGAGGAAUGCUGGUCCAACGGCGAACCCCUGAUUCCGAUCACAUCUCCGCGCCGGUUCCGAUGUUCAGAGUGAGGGUUAAAUACCGCUCCGUUUACCACGAAAUCAAUAUAAGCUCUCAAGCCACUUUCGGGGAGUUGAAGAAGAUGUUGACAGGGCCAACGGGAUUGCAUCAUCAAGAUCAGAAGCUGUUGUUCAAAGAUAAGGAGCGGGAUUCAAAUGCUUUUCUUGACAUGUCGGGUGUUAAGGACCGAUCGAAGAUCGUGUUGCUUGAAGACCCGAUUAGCCAGGAGAAACGCUAUCUCGAGAUGCGGCGCAAUGCGAAGAUGGAGAGGGCUUCGAAAUCCAUUUCGGAGAUCAGCUUAGAGGUCGACAAGCUCGCCGGCCAGGUCUCGGCUCUUGAAUCAAUGAUAUCUAAGGGUGGGAAAGUUGCAGAAACAGAUGUGUUUAGUUUGAUAGAGUUGUUGAUGAAUCAACUUCUUAAAUUGGAUGGAAUUAUAGCCGAUGGAGAUGUUAAAUUACAGAGGAAAAUGCAGGUAUUUGAAAUCUUUUUCCAUGGAUUUGCUGAAUCCAGUUUUCCAAUCACACAUUGUAGUUUUGUGUAUGUUUUGGAGUCUGAGGGUUUGAUUUCUCAUUCAAUGUUUUUUGAAAAAUUCAUCUUGAAGGUGAGAAGAGUACAGAAGUAUGUUGAAACUUUGGAUAUGUUGAAGAUUAAAAACUCCCUGCACAGUAGCAAUGGUGAUCAAACUCCAAUGCAGCAUCAACAGAAGUAUUCAAAUGGACAAAGACCACCGCCAAUUCAACAGCAGCAACCUAGACGAUCUGCGGGUAACUUGGCUGCACAAAUGCAGCAGAUGCAGCUGCACCCGCCAGAACUGGCCUCUGGUCGAUCCACUUCGGGGGCAGUGGUCGUGACCACACAAUGGGAAACUUUCGAUUCUACUCCAGCGCUGCUGCCAGUCUCUUCGCCCUCCACAUCCACAUCGGCCAGUAUUAAUCAGGCCGCGCCAAAGUUCAAUUGGGAAUUCUUCGAUUAAGUGGUAAACAAAGUAUCUGCUCCAUUUUUAGUUUUGGUGUGAGGAUGUGUGUUUUGGGUUUGUGUCCACUUGGUUUGGCAUCGGUUCUUCAUUCUUUUCUGUAUUUAGAUUUUGUUUAGAAAACCCCCUUUAAUCUGUCAUUCAGUUCACCUGAAAUAAAUGGGGUUAGUACAAUAGAGUUUCAUAUUCCCCCCUUUUUUUCCAUUUCUUUCGACUGUCACUCUCUUUGAAUUUGUUUGCCAUUUGUAUUGUUUUGGUAUUCACAGUGAUGAACAUAUCUAUAUGUAGAUUUGUUACUUGAGAUGUUAGGGUUUUAGAAUUUUAGAGGGGUUGUAUUUUGAAUCCAGUAAAAUCCCAUUUGAAAAUUGUUGCAA